CAGGCCACUUCCAGAGAGUUCCACCCUCCCUUCCUUGAGACUGGUCUGUCAGUAAACCUCAACUCCUAACUUGCCAGCAUUUUAUUUGAAACGCCAAACCAUUUAAAUCAAAACUAAGUACAAUUUUGGUAGUUUUUUUCUUAGUUUUUUUUUUUUGCCUUAGCAGUGUUUAACAUCAUUCCAUUUGAGUGCAUGUUUUUUUUUCUUUUUCCUCUUUGGAAGGACUCAAUCAUCUGGUGUGUUCUGUGAUCUGUAAGAAUAGCAUCUCUCUCUUCCACCGGCCAUCAUCACAAGGACCUGAGACGUUCUGUGUAACACCGUUUUGGAGGCAAUAGUUAACCAUGACUUUAAACGUGCCGGGUCUGGUGGUGAUGGCAGCCUUCUACCUGCUGAUCCUGGGAACAGGCAUUUGGGCUUCCAUGCGUUCCAGGAAGGAGGAGAAAAAAUGCAAAGGAGAUGGAAUGGAGAUCACACUACUUGCUGGACGGAACAUCAACUUGCUCGUGGGCGUCUUCACCCUGACAGCCACAUGGGUAGGAGGAGGUUUUAUCUUGGGUAUAGCGGAAGCCACAUACAAUCCAACAUUGGGAGCAGUGUGGGCUCUCAUGCCAGUGCCUUAUGUUGUCACAUUUUUCUUGGGUGGCUUUUUCUUUGCAAAACCCAUGAGAGAGAACAAGUAUGUGACAAUGAUGGAUCCUUUCCAGAAGAAGUAUGGGAACUUUGUGAGCAAUGCUCUGAUCCUCCCUGCACUGGUCGCUGAUGUUCUGUGGGUGGCACGCACACUUGUCAGCCUGGGUGGAACUAUGAGUGUGAUCCUUGACCUUUCUUACGGCUACUCCAUUGUCAUCUCUGCCGUCGUUGCCAUUGCCUACACGCUCCUGGGAGGGCUUUACUCUGUGGCUUACACAGAUGUGAUCCAGCUCAUUCUCAUCUUUAUCAGCCUGUGGGUGUGCGUCCCUUUCCUGUUGACCAACCCUCACUCUGUGGACAUCUCGCUGACGGCCUACAACCAGACCUUCCAGGCUCCCUGGGUUGGCACGGUGGAGCUUGAUCGAGCCGGCAAGUGGUUUGACGACUUCAUGUUGCUGGCUCUCGGCGGUCUAGCCUACCAAGCGUUCUACCAGAGGAUCCUGUCGGCCUCAUCUUACACCCAGGCUCAAAUGACCUGCUUUGCCUCUGCUGCCUUCUGCCUGGUGCUGGGUAUCCCCUCAGUGCUGGUGGGAGCUGUGGCUGCAUCGACUGAUUGGAACUCGACGAUCUAUGGACUGCCAACUCCAUAUGACCGUGGCGAAGCAGGUUCCAUCCUCCCCAUCUCCCUGCAAUACCUCACGCCCAUGUACGUGUCUAUCAUCGGGAUCGGAGCUGUAGCCGCCGCUGUCAUGUCCUCCAUGGACUCAGCCCUGCUGUCCUCUGCGUCACUAUUCUCCUCCAAUAUCUACAAGAACAUCAUCCGGAAGCAGGCAUCGGACCGCGAGAUGCAGUGGGUGAUCCGGAUCUCGGUGGUGGUUGUCGGUCUGGCUGGCACUGGCCUCACCUUCUUGGACAGCAGUGUGCUCGUCUUCUGGCUGGUGGGCGUAGACAUGUCCUACACCAUCAUGUUCCCUCAGCUGGUUUGCGUGCUCUUCUUCAAGGCGUCAAAUGCUUACGGGGCCAUCGUGGGCUUCCUUAUGGGAAUCAUCUUGAGAAUCCUGAGCGGCGAGCCCCUCAUCGGCCUGCCGCCCAUCCUCCGCUUCCCCAACUGCCGGCUGGAUGCUGAAGGCAAGCUUACUCAGUUCUUCCCCUUUCGUACUACGAUCAUGCUCGUCUCGCUGCUCACCAUCAUGGUCGUGUCUUGGCUGAUGAUAUUGGUUUUUGACAACGAUCUUUUGCCGGAAAAGUGGGAUGUGUACAAGGCCAAACGCAAGCAAAGCAAGCCUGUAGAAGAGAAGCCCACCGAAGACAACGAAGAACUUGCCGUAUCCAAGCAGCUACUGGACACCACCAGCUGCUGAAGGGCCUUUAAGGCAAAGAAAUGGGCCGUGACGGGAGGCAGACAAGCUUGUCUGCUCGACGGGGUUUGCCGAUGGCCAUUAAGCAGCUGAGGUUUAACAGUGUUAAUGGAAUCUGGACAGAAUCUGUGAUUUUGUAUCACAUACUGAACAGCCUAAAAUUGGAAACCCCUAGCACCCGUCUUUAAUAUCAGCUUCCUUCUACAAUCAAACAGUACGAAAUCUCAACUUAGCUUGUGUAUGAUAGUUACCCAUUAACCAGUGUAGCAUAUAAUGUUAUUCAUUAAAAAAAUCCAAUUACCGAGCCUUGUCAGCUAAUCACACAUCUCUACAAUGGACAGAAGGAGCACAGCCUUUAAAAAGCAUUUCCAUUUGGAAAAGAAAGAAGUAUGGAGUUUAUUAAUGGUUUUGUUUCGUUGAUUUGUGUUAUGUACAGAUUUAUAAAAUGAUAUUUUAUCACGCUAGCAAAAGUAUAUUAUUUGUUUUUGGAUGCAAAUGUGGUCCCUUGACUAAAACGCGCAUGCAACACUUUUUGGCUCUCUGCACAAAUGUUCAGUCCAACUGGAGAAAGUAGUUAGCAAGUCCUUUAUGGCUGAUGUGUUGCAAUUCGACAGGCUUGUGCAAAUUGUUUUACUUGCAACAUACAGUCCAAAUUGUCACUUUAGAAACAACGGCAAAAGGCCAUCAUUUUUUAAUUACUCCCAUUCAGCACAGUUAACUUGUGGUAUUGAUUACACUUGUAUUUGCGUCAACGCCCCUAACCAGUUCAUGUAUGUUUGCAUGAUUGCACAUCUUGUGAGCACCUUUAGCAAUGUUUCAAUGUGUUGCAUUGUAGCCAUGCCCGUAUAAAACAGAAAGGUACACUGAUUUGAAAAUAAACUCAACUGUCAACUGUUGUU